AUGGCUCAAGCUCAGAUCGGCACUCCGUUGUUGACCACCCGGCAGGCUGAGGAGCUACACAAAUCCAUCCUAGCAUACCUCUCCUCCAAGAACCUCGCAAGUACCGCGGCUACUUUGCGAGAUGAACUUCCCGACCUUGCUGAAGUGACGUUUGACACGGAAAAGGCAAAGAAAUAUGAAGGGCUCCUAGAAAAGAAGUGGACGAGUGUUGUGAGGUUGCAGAAGAAGAUCCUUGACCUCGAAUCCCGCAACACUCUCCUCCAAUCCGAAAUUGACAACGCCACCCCCUCCUCCCUCUCACGCCGCACCCAAGAUCCCACAAACUGGCUCCCCAAAGCGCCCCCGCGCUACGUCCUCGAAUCUCACCGCCUCCCCGUAACCUGCGUCGCCUUCCACCCCGUCUUCACCUCCCUCGCCUCCGGCUCCGAAGACUACACCAUCAAGAUCUGGGACUGGGAGCUGGGCGAGCUAGAGCGGACCAUCAAGGGACACACCAAAGCGGUAUUAGACGUCGACUUUGGCGGGCCACGCGGCGGCACUCUCUUAGCGAGCUGCAGCUCGGAUCUAACAAUCAAGCUAUGGGAUCCCUCAGACGAGUACAAAAAUAUCCGCACCUUGCCGGGACACGACCACAUCGUUAGUUCCGUGCGGUUCAUACCCAGCGGAGCAGCCGGCGCUCCCGCCAGUGGAAACCUGCUUGUUAGUGCCAGCAAGGACAACUCGUUGAAAAUAUGGGAUGUCACGACGGGGUAUUGCGUCAAGACCAUCUUAGGACACGUGGACUGGCCGAGGGCAGUGUGUCCGAGCCAUGACGGCCGGUAUUUACUUUCGACAGGCAGCGAUAAAUCUGUAAGGCUAUGGGACCUCGCGGGUGGACGGGAUGCGGAGUGCAGGCUGGUCAUGUUUGGUCACGAGAACUAUAACCUCUGCUGCGCAUUCGCGCCGCCGACGGCGUACGCCUACCUGGCGAAGCUGGCUGGGCUGGACAGGCCGCCACCGCUGGGCGCGAGCGCCGAGUUUAUGGCUACGGGGUCGAGGGAUAAGCAGAUUCGGCUGUGGGACGGGAGAGGAAACUGUGUCAAGGUGUUGGUGGGACAUGAUAAUUGGGUCAGAGGGCUGGUGUUCCAUCCGGGCGGGAAGUAUCUGCUUUCAGUGGCGGAUGAUCGGACGAUGAGGUGUUGGGAUCUCAGCCAGGAGGGGAAGUGCGUGCAGACGCUGACGGGGGUAUAUGAAGGGUUUGUGAGCUGCAUUAGAUGGGCGCCGCCGGUGGUGAAGGAUGCGGAUGCCAUGGCGGCGAAUACAAAAAGCGGCGGUACUGGUCCGCUGGCGGAUACGGUAGUGGCGGCGAGGAGGAGGGCGGCUACGGUGGGAAGUGUGAAUGCGAGUGUGCAGAUUAGGUGUGUGGUUGCUACGGGGAGUGUGGAUGGGACGGAGGGUAAGGUUAGGAUAUUUGCUAAUUAG